AUGUUCCUUUUGGAUGGGAACAGUUCUGAAGGGAUGGAGAGGGGGACAGCUCAGAGGAAAACGGUGUACCGCAUUUCCCUCACGCUGGUUAAGAAGGAGACAUUGAAGGAUGGAGGUGGCACAUUGGAAAAGCCUAAAGUCGGAGUUUUCAGGCAUCAAGCCUCCCUGGAUGUCCAGCGCAGUGGUCUCUUGGAACAAGUCCAGGAAGUGGAUGAUGAAUCGGAUGAUUUGUCCUUGCAAAACAACAUGAGGAACUUCAGAACGUAUAGCACAGGUCAGCUGGAGUUGGGGAGGCUUAAACUGGCCCGCAAAGAAAAGCUCAUGAUGGCCAAGAAGAAAGCCCCCACGUUUACAAAUUCACAGGACUCGCCACCUUCUAGCAGACUUGAGGAGAAUAUUUCUACCAGGACAGACUCCGCUGGGAAUGUGGUCAGUAACGGUAUGAUGAAGGUGAAGAGACUCUUCAAGUCAAAGAGUUUGGAUAAGAGUCCACAGUCGUUAGACCAAGGCGACACGCCACACAUAAACGGGACGACGCCUUUAAACGGGCAACCUCAAGACGAGCCUGCCAGCAUGCUACGCCGCAGCUUCAGCUUUCGGCACUGGACAGGGAGCGAGCGGCUACGUUUGCAAGCGCUAAUGAAGGACAAACACCGCAGCAGCUCUGCUCGCGUAGGCCAGGAAGUCGUCCAUGCUGAUGCCGAGCUCCAGAGCCCCACAGGUCGCCCUCGCCUUGGCACCAUAGAGAAGAGCCAGACGCUAGAGGUCGGUGCUCUCCUGAACAAGAAGGAUCCCACAUUUGAAAUAAGCCGCUGGGAGAGGGCACAUGGCGGCAAGAAUCGCACGUUGGAUAACAGCGACUUGCAGAAUCUGGCUGAACACAAGGAUGGGACGGCGCUGCAUCUUCAGAGAGGAGAAGGAGGACGUUCGAGUGAGAGGAGGCUGAUACGCUUCUUCAGUGGAUUCUUCUCCCGCACCUCAACACCGGUGGGAAGCCCCAGCACGGUCCACUCUCUCUGUCCCAGGACCACUCUUUUGCAGUCCAGCACAGAGAGUGUGAACGGGAGCACAAGCGAUGCGUUUGUGAACAGCCAGGAGUGGACUCUCAGUCGCUCUGUGCCGGAACUCAAAGUGGGCAUUGUAGGUAACCUGGCCAGCGGGAAGUCAGCACUGGUCCACAGGUACCUUACAGGAACAUAUGUCCAAGAGGAGUCACCUGAAGCUGACGUGGAUGCAGGUGGUCGCUUUAAGAAAGAGAUGGUGGUAGAUGGGCAAAGUCACCUGCUGCUCAUCAGGGACGAAGGGGGCCCCCCGGAGGCACAGUUCGCUUUGUGGGUUGAUGCAGUCAUCUUUGUCUUCAGUCUGGAGGAUGAGAUCAGCUUCCAGACAGUUUAUCACUAUUUCAACCGCCUUGCCAACUACAGGAACGCAGCAGACCUCCCUUUGGUCUUAGUCGGCACGCAAGAUGCCAUCAGCUCGACCAACCCGAGAGUGAUUGACGACAGUCGGGCCAGAAAACUGUCCAACGACCUAAAGCGCUGCACUUACUAUGAAACCUGUGCCACCUAUGGCCUCAAUGUGGAGCGAGUCUUCCAGGAUGUUGCUCAGAAGAUCGUGGCCACUCGAAAGAAACAGCAGCUGUCCAUCGGCCCGUGCAAAUCGCUCCCCAACUCCCCGAGUCACUCGUCUAUUUGCACUACACAGGUGUCUAACGUCCAGGUCAGCCAGACAAGCAAUGGCGGUGGCAGUUUGAGCGACUACUCGUCAUCAGUGCCGUCCACGCCGAGCACCAGCCAGAAGGAGCUGCGCAUCGACGUUCCUCAGAGCACCAAUACACCCACGCCCGUCCGCAAGCAAUCCAAGCGUCGCUCCAACCUCUUCACUUCAAGGAAGACCAGCGAGACAGACAAGGAUAAGAAAGGUCUGGAGGCUCGAGCCGACAGCAUCGGCAGCGGGCGAGCCAUUCCCAUCAAACAGGGUAUGCUACUGAAGAGGAGCGGCAAGUCCCUCAACAAGGAGUGGAAGAAAAAGUAUGUGACGCUGUGUGACAAUGGGCUGCUAACCUACCACCCCAGUCUUCAUGACUACAUGCAGAACGUCCACGGGAAAGAGAUCGACCUGCUCAGGACCACGGUCAAGGUGCCUGGUAAACGGCCGCCACGGGCCGUAUCCACCUGCGCAGUCAUGCCCAAAACCAACGGACUGACCAAGGACUUGAGCAGCCUGCAGCUGGGACACAAUCCCGGUUCGGUGAGCAGCAGCUCGUCAGUAUCUCAGAUGGCGAGCGGCAUUAGCCUAAUGUCCUUCAGCAGCCGUGGCCCAGACGGCAUGGGUGGGCACCAGCGAUCAUAUUCCGUCUCCAGCGCCGACCAGUGGACUGAUGCUACUGUCAUUGCCAACUCGGGAAUCGGAACCGACGCAGGCCUGGGGGACUCCAUGUCUUCCAGUCCCAGCAUCUCCAGUACGACCAGUCCGAAGAUGGAGCCGCCCCCAUCGCCACACGCCAACCGCAAGAAACACCGGCGGAAGAAAAGCACCAGCAACUUUAAAGCAGACGGCCUCGCUGGUACUGCUGAAGAGCAAGAGGAGAACUUUGAGUUCAUCAUUGUAUCGCUUACGGGUCAGACGUGGCAUUUUGAAGCCACUUCGUAUGAGGAGCGAGACGCCUGGGUGCAGGUCAUCGAGGGUCAGAUCUUGGCCAGUCUUCAGUCUUGUGAGAGCAGUAAAAACAAGUCUCGUCUGACCAGCCAGACGGAGGCCUUGGCGCUGCAGUCCAUCAGAAAUAUUCGUGGAAAUAGCCGCUGUGCCGACUGUGACGCUCAAAACCCGGACUGGGCCAGCCUCAACCUCGGCGCCCUGAUUUGUAUUGAGUGCUCAGGUAUCCACCGGAACUUGGGCACACACCUAUCCCGGGUGCGCUCGCUGGACCUUGAUGAGUGGCCCCUUGAACUCCUCAAGGUCAUGUCGGCCAUUGGCAAUGACUUUGCUAACAGCGUGUGGGAGGCCAACUCACAGGGUCACCUGAAGCCUGGACCAGAUGCAAGCAGGGAGGAACGUGAGCGCUGGAUCCGAGCCAAGUACGAGCAACGGGUUUUUUUGCCAUCGCUGCCGUGCGCCGAGCUUUCGCUCGGCCAGCAGCUGUUGAGGGCCACGGUGGAAGAAGAUCUGCGCGCGGUUGUACUGCUGCUGGCGCACGGCUCCAGGCAGCAGGUCAACGAGACAUGCGGCGAAGGAGACGGACGCAACGCGCUACACUUAGGCAGCCGCAAAGGCAACGUGGUCAUCACACAGCUUCUCAUCUGGUACGGUGUGGAUCUAAUGGCGAGGGACGCUCACGGCAACAGCGCACUGGCAUACGCCCGGCAGGCCAACAGCCAGGAAUGCGUGGACACGCUGACCCAGUACGGCUGCCCCGAUGAACGCUACCCGCUCAUGGCCACACCCAACUUGUCGCGCCGCAACGCCAACCGCAACAACAGCUGCAGCAGCGCGAGCAGCGGCGCCUUCAUUUGA